AUGUAUUACCCAUCUUCAACUACAUAUACUACAUAAAGUUAUAGGAAGUUCAAAAAGUAGGAGGAUAAAGUUGAAAAUACAAAUGCAAUACAAGAUUACCAUUUAUAGAGAACACUCAAAUAGGUUGAAUAGUUACAAAGAGAUCUUGAAUAAGCAAAGAUGGAAGAACAAAACAGUUAGAAGUAGAGAAGGUAAGCUGAAGAAAAGCUUUAUCACUUUUAAUUAAAAUAUGAUGAUAUGAAUAAGGAAUGUAUGAAUUUAAGAGAAAAGAUUGCAAAGGCAGAAGGGGAUCGACAAGUUAUUAGGGCGUAAGGUGAAGGGGAAGUAAAGGCAUUGAAUGUGCAAAUAAAUUAUUUGGAGAAAUAAAUUUCAGAACUUAAGUUAGAUAAUGAAAAAUUAAAAAAGGAAAAUGAAUAACUUCAUCACUAAGUACUAGAUGCAAAAAAUUUAUCUAAAAAACCUAUAUAAAAUAUCCCUUAAAACCCAUAAUAAUAAUAACAGCGUCCUUAAUCUUACUAUUGA